GUUCGACUACUUCACUGUUUUUCUCUCAACCGCAACUGGAGCCGACUGACCGCUCACUCCACCACCCACCUGCAAAUUCUCGACGGCCUCAGGGUGAUCAGUAUGGUAUGGAUUAUCAUGGCUCACCGCUAUAUGCUGUUCCUUAUCUCCGUCGCCAAUCCUCGCAUCAUCACUCAGCACCUGGGUGACUGGCGCUACUGGUGGGUGUUCAACGCUUACCCUGCAGUAGACACCUUCUUCUUCAUCUCCGCCUUCCUCGUCUCCGCAUUUCUCAAGACGCGACUCAAGGAGUUCUCCUUCACGACCUUUUACCUCCAGCGAUACCUAAGGCUGGUGCCAGCGAUGAUGUACGUGACGUGGGGGUGCAGCAGUGUGUUAAGGCACCUGGGCAGCGGUCCAGUGUGGCACUCGACCUACCACACCAUGUUUGGACGACCCUGUGCCACCACUGGCUGGACCAACAUGCUUCUCAUCAACAACUUCAACCAUUCUGAUGACAUGUGUCUGGGUCACCUGUGGUCACUGGCGGUAGAGUGGCAGUUGUUCGUGGUGGCACCGCUGCUGUUGCUGCCUUACUACCGCUGGCACCAGUCCCAACUUGGCCGCCUGCUGCCCUUCUGCGCCUGCUUGAGCGUGACUCUCCUGCUGCCUGCUGCCCUCACCCUCCUCCAUCACCUGCCUCCCACACCAUCAUUCUCCGAGCUUCCUGCUACCAGGAUGUACUACAGUGUAUACUACACGAUGCCGUGGUGUCGUGCCGGAUCGUACCUCGUGGGUCUGGCUGCUGGCUGCCUCUACCACACGAUGAUUGCUCACGACCUCACCCUCACGCCUGCGUGCGUGCGGGCGUGUGGAUGGGCAUGUGUGGUGGUGGUGGUGGGUGUGUUGGUAUCCCCGAGCUUCAUCCCUGCCUCUGGAACUUACUGGGCUGCCCUCUACUCUUCCCUGGCCAGACCUGCUUGGGCAGGCGCCCUCACCUUCUUCGUCAUCAGCACCGUCAGAGGUCGACCAGGUGUGUUAGCAUGGUUGGCAUCGAGACAGGUGUGGGCGCCUCUGGGUCGACUCUCAUACAGCGUGUUCCUGGUGUCAGUGCCACUCCAGACCUUCAGUGCCACCGCCAACCCUCACAAGAUGCACUAUCACCACCUCACAGCCUCAAACGUUUUACUGGCGAAGGUGUACCUGGUGCUGGGAGACGUGGUGUUGAGCUGCCUGGCAGGUCUGCUGCUGCUGCUGCUGGUGGAAGCACCCUCAGCGUCACUGCUCCAGCUCCUGGCCUCACACUCGACACUCCGUCACCAGACUAACGGCAAGUUGAGGCGCUACUCUGUAGAGGAAAUGAUGAAGUCUAACUCAGUCUCCACCACACCUAUCAUGGAGGGAGAGGCCACAUCAGCUUCCACUACGCCUAUCAUGGAGGGAGAGGAGAAGGCCACGUCACACUCCACUACGCCUAUCAUAGAGGAGGGAGAGGAGAAGGCCACGUCACACUCUACUACGCCUAUCAUGGAGGGAGAGGAGAAGGCCACGUCACACUCCACUACGCCUAUCAUAGAGGAGGGAGAGGAGAAGGCCACGUCACACUCUACUACGCCUAUCAUGGAGGGAGAGGAGAAGGCCACGUCACACUCCACUACGCCUAUCAUAGAGGAGGGAGAGGAGGAGAAGGCCACGUCACACUCCACUACGCCUAUCAUGGAGGGAGAGGAGGAGAAGGCCACGUCACACUCCACUACGCCUAUCAUGGAGGGAGAGGAGAAGGCCACGUCACACUCCACUACGCCUAUCAUAGAGGAGGGAGAGGAGGAGGCCACAGCAGCCUCCACCACGGCUAUCUUGGAGAAUGGAGGGAAGGCUAUCAAGUCAGCCCCCACUACGCAUAUCACGGAGGUAAAGAAGACGUCCAUCACACACAUGCCACUGACCUACGGUUGUGUAUCAAACUAAAGGGAGGAAGGUCACACAACGCCUGGGAAAUGAGAGGCAGUCACAUUUGAUCUGAGGAAGGGGAAGAGCAACUCCAGUUCCGUGGAUCAGCAGCAGCAAAAAAAUAAAGUGAACGAGUGUGGCGGCAUUUCGAGGAAGACCUGUAAACUUGAGCUUUUAAGUUUUAUACACAAAUCAAUUUUACAGACUAAGAGCUGUUAUCCUGUCUCAGCUCAUUUCAAAGCCCAGCCUUAUCUAAGGUAUACUACCACCCCCCCAGGAUGCGACCCACAUCAGUCGACAAACACCCAGGUAGCUACUUCCUGCUGGGUGAGGGACAGCAGGUGUAAGGCUAUGGAACCAGAACUCAUUGUUUGACUGAUUAUUUGAAGUUGAAGCUACACAAAUGUAUUUUUUCUGCGUUCACAACGUCAGUAUACCCUCAAAGCUCUCAAGGGAAGUUCCUUGACGCUGAUGAGGGGCUCUUGAUCUAGGGAAUUGGAUUGUGCUCCAGUUCCCUGAAUUGAGCCUGAAUACCUUCCAUCCCCUCCCACAUUCGCUGUAUAUUCCUAGGGAUUUAGCUCUCCCCUGUGAUUAUAAUUAUAUAAUAAUUAUACCCUCAAGGCCAUUAUAGAAAAAAUGUUGAUAUACCCUAAAUCUAGUCUGUCAGAAGACUUGUUGACUCCUAUCACCCUCAGUACCCAUUCACUCGCCGUCCGCGGGUCUCCCUGACAUCCUGUCAACACUUGUCACCAUCAUGGGGGCACCAUCCUCUCAUGUUGAGUCAGCUGGAUCAACCCUCCAUCACCGUCAGUUUCAAUUAAACCAGUCUGUUAGAGUUGAAAGGCUAUCAACCGUACGUAGCGUUACCAUAUGUCCGGUUGUACCCCAGCCAUGUCUGUUUGCGUUUCUUAAUCACAGUCAACCAUUAGUGAGAAAGAUGUUAGGUGAGAUUCACCAAGAAACGGAAUGGUUCCUGACGCGGGUCUUAGUCACAUGAUGAUCCUACACCACAACUUUCGCUCAUACAACGAGACCUUCAGUUGGCCUCCCCUUCCACCCCUUUAAAUAUUAAAGAUUAUACCAUUUUUCCUGUACACUAACAUCAAAGAUACACAAGUAACCCGCACACAGGAGACUGAAACUUAUGACGACGUUUCGGUCCGAUUUGGACCAUUAACUGGUCACACUAGUAGUGUGACUAGUUAAUAGUGGAAGUAGGACCCAAACGUCAUUACUUUUAGUCCUAUAUGAGGGUUAUUUGUGUAUUCCAGUCACCAUCCU